UUCAAGAAAAUUAAAUCUGAAUGACAAAGUGAAGGAGAAGAAGAAAAUCGACCAAAAAGAAAAACAAAAGAGAAGAAAAUAGCAGAAAAAAACAAAGAAGAAGAAGAAGAAAAAGAAGAAAAUUCCAGUGACAAUUUUUCCCAGGGUGCACGUGUAGAGCAAAAGAGAAAAAAAUGUGUAGUAUCAGCAUUGCUUUAUUUUUCACCGCUAUCGCAUUUACCAUCGCCCUGCCUGAUGAAAACAAAUGGGUUUGGAACGACGGCAACGGCAACGACAACGACGAUGACGACGGUGAACCAAGAAAUCGAGAUGAAAAGAGAGCGAGGUUUAUAGCAAAUGACUACAAUCUAAAUUCCAAUUUUGGAAACAACCCAUUUAAUGAAUACAGACCACAGUUCGGAGGGUCUUUCGGUCAUGGAAAUGGACCCAUAAGACAACCUCUUGUUGGUCCAAAUCGAGAGGAAGUUUUGGUGGGACCCGGUGGACCAACCGGAAUUGUUAAUAGACCAAGUGGCGGAAGGGAGGAUUUACUGGGACCCGAAGAUUUCCGAUAUCGACAAUUUGAAAUUUGUAAAUGCAGCUACAGUUUCAACUGCCCCUCGACUGGUUUGAAUUUCGGCACUUGCUCGAAAGGUAAGCGAUACUGCUGUUACAAUAGCAACAAGUUUCCUGGUCUAACGCCUGCAGGAAAUCCCAGUCAUGGCUCCCACGCGUCUUAUCCGAUAAGACCAAACUUCGGGCCAGUGAACUUUUUGCCACCGAAUUAUUACGGUAGACCUCAAGGCAAUUUCCAUGGUGAUUACCUGGGUCAUCUAAGCGGACAUUAUCGUCCAGAUGAUAUUAAUUAUGGCCGACCAUAUGGCGGGAGGCCAUACGGACCCGACAGAUACGAAAAUCAACGACCUUUCAACCUUCACCACGACGAAGGUGAUUUUUAUUCACGUUCUGCAAAUAAAGAUCCACUAAAAGAUGACGCAAGCGCGACGAAAAAGUCUAUUGAGAAUUAAAAUUAAAUUGGUGCUUCUUGUUUUAUUUCGAAAAUAAAUCUUUUACCUUUUAUUAGCCAAUAUUUCCUUUCAAAAAGGAAAGAAUUAAUUUUUUAUUCUGAAAUUAAUUUUAUUCAAAAAGAAAAAAAAUAUUAUCGUGAAAAGAAAAUUAGAGAAGGGGCACCAUCUAGCGGUGGCGUCACUGAAGUAAAAUUACUUCCACCAAACGAAGAAACAAAAAGAAAUUUCAGCUUUUAAAUCUUUAUCUGCUAAAUAACUUCUUGGAAAAUUCAAAUUCUUUUUCGAAAAAUAAUGUAAGGGAAUUAUUUUUUGAUCAAUUGAAAUUUACUUCAAAAUUUAGCACCAUCUAGUGGUGGCGUCAUUGAAUUACUUGCAUCUAAAUACAAUCUAAAUACAAAGAAAUACAAUUAUGUACAAAUAAUAUUUAUUAUUUUUUUUCAAUACAAACUACAAAAAAUGUUACCAUGUAUAAAUAAGUAAUUUAAUAUUAAAUACACGAAUUUAAAAAAAGAUUUCAAAGAAAUUAAAAUUCUUUUUCUAAAAAUAAAUUAAAGAGGCUUAUUCUAGGAUCAAAAGGAACGCCAUCUGACGCUGGCGUCACUGAACUAAAACACUCCUAAACUACUUAUAUUUGUUUUUCAACAAUGAUAUUACACAAUUUUUUAAUAAAAUCAAAAAGU